UGUGUGCCCGGAUGAUACAGCAAAAGGGGGAGUGAAGACAAAACGUGUCCUCCACCGAGCUUCAUAACUAAGCUGUUUAACGCACUGUGGCUCUGCCUCUCAGUGAUUCAUUUCUGGAAAGCUGUCGACAAGGCGUUCGGAACAUCAUCUGGAAAGAAAACUCUGAAGACUCAGCAGUUUUGACAAAAUGGCAUCAAUGCUGCUUAGUCGGCAGCUGGCCGGUUGUCUGCAGCAGAACUCGAGGCUGUUUGCAGUAGGACACAGAUGUAUCAGUCAAGCUGCUGCUAAAAUUGAUGUGGACUUUGAUUACGAUGGACCUCUAAUGAAGACAGAAGUUCCUGGGCCACGAUCUAGGGAAUUAAUGAAACAACUGAACGGAAUUCAGAAUGCCGAAGCUGUACACUUCUUUUGCAAUUACGAAGAGAGCCGAGGGAACUACCUAGUAGAUGUAGAUGGCAAUCGCAUGCUGGAUCUCUACUCUCAGAUUUCAUCCAUCCCAAUAGGUUACAGCCAUCCUUCUCUGAUAAAGCUUCUACAGCAGCCGCAGAACUUGAGCACCUUUAUCAACAGACCUGCCCUAGGGAUUUUACCUCCAGAGAACUUUGCAGAAAAACUGAAGGAAUCUUUGCUCUCAGUGGCUCCUAAGGGUCUGUCACAGAUUGUCACCAUGUCCUGUGGAUCCUGCUCUAAUGAAAAUGCUUUUAAAACAAUAUUUAUCUGGUACCGAAGCAAGGAGAGGGGCCAUAAUAAUGUCACAAAAGAAGAACUGGAAUCUUGCAUGAUUAACCAGGCCCCCGGCUGCCCCGACUACACCAUGCUCUCCUUCAUGGGCGGCUUCCACGGACGCACCAUGGGUUGCUUAGCUACAACUCACUCUAAAGCAAUUCACAAAUUAGACAUCCCAUCGCUGGACUGGCCUAUUGCUCCAUUUCCAAGGUUAAAGUAUCCCUUGGAAGACUUUGUGAAAGAGAAUCAACAGGAAGAAGCCCGUUGUUUAGAAGAGGUUGAAGAUCUAAUCGUGAAGUACAGGAAAAAGAAGAAGAUUGUGGCUGGAAUCAUCGUGGAGCCAAUACAGUCAGAGGGUGGGGACAACCACGCUUCCGACGACUUCUUCAGGAAGUUACGGGAUAUUGCCAGGAAGCACGGCUGCGCGUUCCUCGUGGAUGAAGUGCAGACAGGAGGCGGCUGCACAGGAAAAUUCUGGGCACAUGAACACUGGGGCCUGGAUGAUCCAGCUGAUGUGGUAACGUUUAGUAAGAAGAUGAUGACAGGAGGAUUUUUCCACAAAGAGGAGUUCAGGCCAAAUGCUCCAUACCGGAUUUUUAACACCUGGCUUGGAGAUCCAUCCAAGAACCUUAUGCUUGCUGAAGUUAUUAAGGUUAUUAAAAACGAAGACCUUCUCGGCAAUGCAGCCCACGCAGGAAAAGUGCUGCUGACCGGGCUGCUGGAUUUACAGGCUCGGUACCCCCACCUCAUCAGCAGGGCGAGAGGGAGAGGAACCUUCUGCUCAUUUGACACUCCAAACGAUGCAACUAGAAACAAAUUAAUUACAAUAGCCAGAAACAAAGGUGUGGUGCUGGGAGGCUGCGGUGACAGAUCGAUUCGGUUCCGCCCGACGCUGAUCUUCAAGGACCAUCACGCACAUCUCUUUCUGAACAUUUUCAGUGACAUCUUAGCAAACUUCAAGUAAAAAGCAGCUCCCUUGCAUUGACCAGCUCAGAUUACGAGAUUAGUUUGCAUUAAUUCAUGUCUCUCCACUUUACAAGAUAAGUGUGAAGUCAUAAUCCGAGGUCUGUGUUCUGUCUGUAGCCCUGCCCAAGGCGAGCAGCUCCAGGCACACGGGUCGCAGGCAGAGCCCUGGUCCUGGUCACCAGCAGCUGUCCUGCACCCUGCCCUUGUCGAAGCCGUGGCCCCCAUCUUCAGCUUGGGUCACGAGAAUUGCGGAGCCCUCCCUACAUUCUGGCCCCGACUCUUGGAUAGUCUGAAUACGACCUAGUCCAGUCUAUGUUUUCACAGAAGAUCACAGUAGCUUUAGGCAUAUCCAGAAGCAGCAACAAACCUGCAAGUGUGGCACGGAGUUAGGGCCUGUGCCUGCCGCACAGAAAGUGCCACUCGCUGACGGUAGCUGGGAUAAGAUGGGUGUUCGAGGAAAGCUCUGCUUUCUGCCACUGCCUGGUACAGUAUUUUACUGCGUAAUUGCCAGCUUUAUUCCCCUGAAUGCAGAAGUCUGUCACAGCCAGCUGGAUGCCACCAAGUGCUGUGCCCAGCCCUCAGCCUGCACGUAAUGCUGCAGAGACGUCAGUGCCCUCAACCCACACGCAGCGGUGUAGGUGUAGGCGGGACAGGAGUACUGAUACUUCCUUCCUCAUCCCUGUUGAUACUUGGUUCUUCGUCCCGGAUUUUAAACCUUUUGGCUUGUCUCUUACAAUCAAACUGGUUCGGAGACAGUUAUAUGCAGAAGUAUAUUGUUUACUGAAGCUUAGACUAUCACGUGAAGCACGUGCUUCCAUCUCCAUCAGCAGUCUCAAGGGGUCUGAGACUGUUUUACUUUUUGUCCAUAAUGCACCAUAAUAGCCAUUCGUGUAGAUACUACGAGUUCUACACAAAUACCUUAAGGUAUUUUGUGAAGCUGCAGCAGAACUGAAUUGCUUUAUCUCAGUCAUUGCCCGCUAUCAGAGCCGCUGCGGUCAGUGCUGGAAUGCAGAUUAUUUCUUUUGCGUUAGUAGUUUAUUCCAAGGCAAACACAGUGCUUCAGGGGGCUCCUAGAAAGCCACUGUAUCAAAAAGUGUCAACAAUUAAUUAAUCUGUUCAUCUUCAGAUAAUUGUUUUGGAUACUCCUUUGAUACUUAACUCUUUGCUGCUGGCUUAAGGCUGACUUGAACUGUGCCUGGUGCCUUUUUUUUUUUUUUUUCCUUAGCUGACAGCAUCUCAAUUUUGAUUAUGUUAUGCACCAGCAAGGACCACCUCUGACUUUAUGGCCCUAUCAGCAUUUUAACCACAUUUUUUUAAGUAUGUGACAAUAUAUGAGGCAGUUAAGGGAUUUAUAAAUCUUUCUUAAAGCUACCAAAUUUUGCAAGGUUUCUUACCUGCUUUAAGUGUUAGUUAUGGUUGUUCCCCUAUAGUUUUUGAGUACAGGUAUACAGCAACUCAAGAAAUGUCCCUUCUGCUAGCUUAAAAAUAAUGGGAUUUCUGUAAUACUCCCUACAGAGCCCAGACUUGUGGUGCCUGCUGGCCAGAAUCUGAGCAGGUUUUUGAACAAAUACUGUGGAAAUCUUGGGAUUUCCAGAGAGGAUUGGUGAACAGGUGGUCAAGGGAACCUCAUUGCCAUCGCUGUCCUAGUGAGCACAUUGUCAUCAGGAGGAAAGUCAAACGGAGAAUAUCUCCCACCUCCUUUUGGAAACUAGUUUGUCCAACAUAUCAGUGCAGUAGUUUUAGUAAACGUCUCUAGCAAGUCUUGUACUUUUACAGAAACAAAGGUCCAGUAAUUUGAAGUCUUACCACAUCUUCACUUUUAUUAUGAAUAAUCUAGGUGUUUUUAUAAUUCUUACUGACACUCAGUAACUGUAUAAUUGUGUACAACAUGUUGAUGAAGUCAUGUUAGAGAACACAUAAAGCACUGCAGCUGAAGCAUCAUAAAGUUAAUAUUGUUUACAGCGUACUGUGGACAGUGCCAAAUAAGUGUUUCC